CUUCAGUCUCAUCUUAUAUUGCAGAAGCGAGAGAGAAUUUCUUGUCCUUGGAUAAGCUUAAACCAUGAUGUCUACUAUUUAUCCGGUUUUCUCAUCUGAACCGGGUUUUGCAAACCAAUUUCCUGCCUUUGAAACCGGAUUCACACCAUGGGAUGCAUCAGACCUCUUCUCAAUCUUCAAUUCAUCGGUGGGUGAACCGGUUGAGACAAAACCCGAUUUUGAGAAACCGACCUCGGAUCAAACCCAGUCCCAAAGCAACUCUAGCUCGAGUUCGGAUAAAUCACAGAACCGGUUUGUGUCGGACCUCUUUGCCUCUGAUAUAGGCGAACGACGAGAGAAGCGGAAGAUAUCUAACAGGGAAUCAGCUCGACGGUCGAGGAUGAGGAAACAACAGCACCUGGAGAACCUGAGAAGGCAGCUAAACCGGCUGAGAAUUGAGAACCGGGAACUCGCAAACCGGAUCCGGUAUGUUAUGUACCACUGUCAACGUGCACGGACGGAGAAUGAUCGUCUACGGCUGGAACACCGUAUUCUUGUGCAGAAGCUGUCGAACAUUCGACAAGUGUUGAUCUCGUGGCAGAUCCAACAGACCCCAACGUACGCCACGUGGCCAUGCAACGACAGUACCGUUAUGACGGAACAGGACCCGUCGAUAAUCUCAAAUCUCGUAGUUUAGAGAUUUCUGGAAACAUUACACGAUUAUACUAUUCAUUCUGUAUAUCUAUGUUUGUAAAAAUUUAAAAAGUGUUGGGGAGGAAAAGGAAACAAAAUAAAAUAAUGAUAACGUAUGUGUGUUUUAUAA